AUGGCCGAUUUUCACAUUAGUAAAGUUCAUGAGCUUAUGAUGAACCAGAAGAACAUCAGGAACAUUUCUGUGAUUGCACAUGUCGAUCACGGAAAGAGCACGCUGACGGACUGUCUUGUGAUUAAGGCAAAGAUAGUGUCGAAGGACUCUGGAGGAGGGAGAUACAUGGAUUCUCGUGAGGACGAGCAGCAGAGGGGAAUCACCAUCAAGAGCUCUGCGAUAUCUCUACACUUCCAGGUUCAAAAGGAUGUUCUUGAGGCAUACACAAAGGAGGGAGAUACGAAUGGAACCGAGUUUCUCAUCAACCUGAUUGACAGCCCUGGGCACGUGGAUUUCAGCAGCGAGGUUACGGCGGCGCUCCGGGUGACCGACGGGGCGCUUGUUGUUGUGGACUGUGUGGAUGGGAUCUGUGUGCAGACCGAGACAGUACUUGGGCAGGCGAUGAACGAAAGGAUAAUUCCGACUCUGGUUCUCAACAAGCUUGACAGGGCGAUUCUUGAGCUGGAGUAUCCCCAGGAGAAGCUCGGAGAGGUCCUCAGAAGAAGGGUGGAGGGGUUCAAUGCCAAGCUGAGCACUCUGGGGUAUAACUUCAAGGUGGAGUCGCUUCUUCCUGAGAAGAAUGAGAUUUCGUUUUGCUCUGGGCUGCAGGGAUGGGGAUUUACAUUGAGGCAGUUUGCAAGGUUCUAUCUUGAGAAGUUCAACAUGAACGGGUUUGAAGGAGAGAGGAAGCUUACAAACUUCCUGUGGUCGCACAAGGUGUCCUGCACCUCCGACGACCCGUUUGAUGCAAGCAUUAAGCACAUAGCCAAGCCGAAUCCGGCCCGAAGCCCGUUUGUGGUGUAUGUACUGAAUCCCAUCUACAAGGUUAAGGAGCUGUGCAACAACGGGAAGGUUGAGGAAAUCAAGGAGUACCUGAAGUUCUACAAGGUGGACUUCAAGGGUGUAGUGCUUACGGGAAGCGGAAAGUCUCUUUUCAAGGAAGUCAUGAAGACGUGGCUUCCGGCAGCAGACUGCAUUCUGGAGCAGAUAGCGCUCAAACUCCCAUCGCCACUGCAGAGCCAGAAGCUCCGAUACGACUAUCUCUACGAGGGACCUGCCGACGACGAGGUCGCAAACGCAAUCAAGAUGUGCGACGGCAGUGACGAAGCACCUGUCUCGAUGUAUGUCUCGAAGAUGAUUCCCUCGAAUGACAACCGAUUUAUAGCAUUUGGAAGAGUUUUCUCUGGGAAGAUAUUCCCUGGAAUGAAGAUCAGGGUCCAGGAGCCGGGAUACUCGCCAGGAUCCGAGGAGCUGUCGAACACCUCCCUGAUACACAACAAGUCUGUUCUGAGGACUGUUGUGAUGAUGGGAAGAGGAUACAAGGAUGUGCCGAACUGCCCGGCAGGAAACAUCAUCGGGAUUAUCGGAAUUGAUGACUGCCUGAAGAAGACCGGAACGAUAACUAACAGGGAGGCAGCACACAACAUCAGGUCGAUGAAGUUCUCUGUGUCUCCUGUUGUCAAGGUGGCGGUUUCUGCCAAAAGGCCGGAGGAUCUUGGGAAGCUGCAGGAAGGGCUCAACAAGCUUGCACAAUCGGAUCCCCUGUGUGUGGUCGAAAGAAACGACAAGGGCCAAAACACCAUUGCAUGUGCAGGAUCCCUGCAUCUCGAGAUUUGCCUCAAGGAUCUCCAGGAUCAGUAUGCCAAGGUGCCGAUUAUUGCAGACGAUCCACUAGUGACGUAUUUCGAGGGGAUAUCGUGUGCUGUGUCUGAUUCUAAGAUGACGAAGUCGGCAAACAAGCACAACCGAAUUUACAUGACUGUUGAGCCACUCGACCAGAACAUAGUCGACAAUCUGAAGGACGUCAAGUCGGACCAGGCCAAGACGAUGGCAACGAACUUCCGAGAGAAGCUGGACAUACGGGAUGAUUGGAUCAGGAAGAUAUGGUGCUAUGCCCCCGAAGUCAACCCCCUUAAUCUCCUUGUUGACGGAACCAAGGGAAUUUCAAUCAUCAACGAAAUCAAGGAGCAUGUCAACACUGGAUUCAGGGCCGCUGUUAAUGACGGACCACUGAUCGGUGAGGUCAUGCGUGGGCUUAAGUUUGAGCUCAAGGAUGCCGUCUUACACGCCGAUGCUAUCCACAGAGGCAUUAACCAGCUGCUCCAGCCUGUCAAAAACCUCUGUAAGGGGCUUCUUCUUGCUGCAGGCCCCAUUCUCUAUGAGCCGAUAUACGAGGUGGAAAUAACCACUCCAAACGACUACUCUGGAGCAGUUACCACGAUCCUUCUUUCGAAGCGAGGAACUGCAGAGGACUUCAAGACGCUUCCUGGGAACGACACGACGAUGAUCACCGGGACGCUUCCAGUAAAGGAAUCCUUUACAUUCAACGAGGAUCUGAAGUCGGGAUCAAGGGGAAAGGCUGGGGCAUCGAUGAGAUUCUCCCACUACAGCAUCCUCCCUGGGAACCUCGAGGACCCAAAUUCCUUGAUGUUCAAGACUGUCGAGGCCGUCAGAAAACUUAAGAAAAUGAAUCCUGCACCUCCAACACCAGAUUCCUUCUUCGAUAGGCUUUAA